UCCUCUUCAGUUCGUUGCUGACCAUCGUUACGUGCGGACGUGCCCAGCUCAGCUCAGCUCAUCUUCGUGUGAUGUGGCUGCACUUUGCACACUAAACUGAAAACGUUUUCCAAAACUCAAUAUACCAAAAGUGCCGCGACGCGUGUGACAAACGAAAAUCCAGUAAUAGAAAAACGCGAAAAACAUAUAUUUACGACUGCAACAAGAGGAAUACCAGCUACAGGAAAAUAACCCAUGAAAAGCGGCCGAUAAAUCGAAAAACAAAAAGAAAAAACACACAAAAGGAGGGAAAAGCGAGAAAAGCCUUCCCAGGGAGAUCCAAAGCAGCUUCUUUGGAGAUUCAGAAGCGGCAAUGACGGCGACUGCGAGGCAGUCAGCAACAUCGAGAAAGCAACCUGCGAUCGCAAUGCUCAAUGGAAACGCUUUUACGGUUAAGCGGCUCUUAGCGCUGCUGAUCAUCUUCACAGUCGUGGACGCGAGUCGAUCCCUGGAGCUGGGCGACAAGUGCCAGCAUGACAUGGACUGCACGGAUUUCAUCAAGGGCAGCAGCUGCUCCGCCCUCGGAUACUGCGAGUGCGCCCCCUACUUUGUCCAGUUGGAUUCCAAGCGCUGUUUGUCAUCCCAACUCCUUGGCGGCGACUGCCAGCUGAGCGAGCAGUGCUCCAUGAAGGUGGCCAAUAGCAGUUGUCUGGAGGGGGCAUGCCGCUGCGUCGAGGGAUUCCUGCAGUUCCGCAAGCACACCUGUCUGGGACCUGCCCAUCCUGGUGCCGUUUGCUACAGCCACGCCCACUGUCAAAUGUUCGACACCCGCACCCACUGCGACUUCCUCAUCCCGAAUCUCUUCGGACGCUGCCAGUGCACCAGUCCGGCCAAAAUGGUGGGUGGUCUCUGUGUGGCCCCAGCGGCGGAUCAGGAGGAUCAGAAUCAGGAACAGGCCAUCCAGAAGGUGGAGCAGCCAGCCAGCAGUACCACUACCACUAGUACAACGACAACGACAACCACUCCUAGGCCGACAACUAGAACCACGAGAAGAACAACGACGACAACGACCACCACUCCAGCACCACCACCAACAACAACCAGAGGAACAACAACGACCACGACAACUGCUGCUCCCAUUCUCCUAGAAGAUGAGUUGCCAGCCAGCGUGGAGGAGCAAUCACUGGAGGAAGACGAUGGUGAGACCACCAAGCUGAGACCCGAGGUCGUUGAGGUUGAUAAUGGUGAGAAAUUGGAGGCUGUGGACCUGGCCCACGAGGAGACCGAACUGACACAGCAGCAAAAUCAAUUGGAGGAGCAGCAGCAUCAGGAGGAGGAACAGAAACAUCAAGAGGAGGAGCAGAAACAUCAAGAGGAGGAGCAACACAGGGUGGAGCAGCAUCAAAACCAAGUGGAGGAGCAGCAGCAUCAACAAGUCGUAGCCCAACCAAGUGACACAGAGCUGCCACAAUUCUCCCAAGAUGCCACCACUGGAGUCCAACAGCUGCUCACGCCCGCCGAUGUACCAACCGAGGAUGCCAUCAAUGCGGAGCAGGAAACUGAGGCUGGACCCACCGAGGAUUAUCCAUACAAGAUCGACGAGGAGUACACGGAGGAGCACAAUGACAAGGCAGAAGCUACAGAAGCUACAGAAGCUCCAGAGCUGACAGUGGAUCAACCUGAGCACGAAGAGACCCCUGUGGCACCUGAACUCGUGCCCAUCGAAGCGGAUGAGGAGGCUGCUGAGGCCUCGGGUGGCGAAGAGAUUGCCUCAUCGCCCAUCGACGAUACCAUGAAAUUCGAUUAUGAAACCUCAGUGGAUGAAGUUGAGCCAGCCAAGCCUGAAGAUGAGAAGGAGACAGAGGUGGUACACCCAGCCAUUAAUGAGGAGGUGGUGCCCAUCGACACCGAGAGCGAGACUGAUGCAGAGUCUAGCACCGAGCACCAGAUCCAGACGCAGCUGCUGCAGGAGGAUGGGGAGCCAGAGACAUCCCAGACUGUGGCCGAUGAAGAACUGAUCCCGGUUAAUGAAGCCGAAAUCGAAAGUGUGACGAAGGCAGCCGACGUGGCUGACGACGAGAAACCGGAGGAGGAAGAGACACCUGAGGAUCUGGCAUCUGGAGAUCAUGAGCUGGAUGUUGCAGUAGCCAGCCACGACGAUGAAGUGGAGCCGCCCAAGCAGGAGGAGCCAACAGAAGCGUUGAAGAUCGAACAGCCAGCCCAGGUGGAGAGUGAAAGCCCAGUCGUCGACGAGGUGGGCAAACCAGAGGAGCCGCACACCGAAAUGGAAAUAGAAAAAGAAAUAGAAGAAACGCCAGCGACCGAAGCCGCAGAAGUGGAGCUGCCGGCCACAGAAGCCAAACCAGAUGUGGAAUCCGAGAUCGAUCAGGUGGAACAAAGCGCCGACAUCAAGCCGACAAGUGGCGAAGAUGAUUUAAAUGAAGCCAAUCAAUUAAAUCAAGACCAAGUCACCGAACCAGCCCCUCUGCAGCUGGAGGAGAUCGAAGAAAAACAGCCCGAGCAGGUGGUGGAAAUCCAUCAAGAUGCAGAUGAAGCCACAACGGAGAAACCCGACCAAGAUCACGACCAGCAGGAGGUGGAGGCAAUCACCGAAGCGGAGCACGAACAAUUGACAUACCCAACAAAUGAUGAUGAAUUGGCGCCAGUGGAAAUAGAACCAGAGCCGACCACAGAACAACCAGAAGUCGCCGAGAAUACCACCGAGCUCCUCGAGCAACAGCAGCAACAGCAGCAGCAGCAGGAUGAGGAGGAAAUUGAAGAGGCGGCACUGGCACAUGGGGAGGAGCAGCAGGUGGAGCCCGAGGAAAAUGCAAAUGCAAUUAAGACGCCCGAAGUGUCGGAAGCAAUUGCAGAGCCCCAGGCGGAUCUGGAAACCACAUCAGCCACCGAGAAAGAGAUCGAACCACAGACAGCCGACCAUGUCGAGGAGGAGCCAGUGGCGAUAACCGAGCGUAUUCAAGUGCCAGAGGCAGAAGUCGAGCCAGAAAUUGAGCCCACUAAUGACGAGGUGUCGCAGGUGGAUGCGGAUCAGGCCGAGCCAGAGCUGCCAAUUAAGAGCGAUGAUGCCGACAUCUCGGUGGAAGCCACCGAGGAACCUGCUCAGACGGAGGUUGCACCCGAAGUGGAAACGGAAACCGAGGCCAGUGAAAGUGCUCAGACAUCUCCAGAGAUAAGCGUGGAGCAAGAUGAAGUGGAGAUCGAAAAAAACGAGAAUGACAACAUUAUCCAGGGAGCCGAACCCACUGAAGAAGAGCAACACAUCCCGGAACCACAACAUGCGCCAGUGGAGGAGGCAUCGCCAGUGCAAGAGGAAACCGCAGCUGUUCCCGAGGAACAGGAGCUGGCCAAGCCAGAAGUGGACUACACCAGUGUGGAGCAUCUACAGGAACUUUCCCAGCCGGAAGAAACUACAGCUGCUAUUGAGGCGCAAGAAUUCGACUCUCGCGAAUCCACUCUGGCUCCAGAGGCUCCAGAGGCUCCAGAGGCACCAGAGGAACCAGAGGAACCAGAGGCACCAGAGGAUCCAGAGACUCCAGAGGAACCAGAGGCACCUGAGACUGCAGAUGCACCUAUUGCCAUUGUGAGCGAGGAACACGAUCCCGAACAUGAUCCCCAGAACUUCCAUGAGAGCGAGAGCAUUGCCGAUAUCCUGAGCGACCUGAUGUUGGAAGGCGACAGCACGGUGCCCCCAGUUCCAUUUGGCCAACAACCCGCGCAAACGGUUCCCAUGGUGGAGGCCAAUUCGGAGAACGAGGAGGAGCACGCACAUGAAGCCAUUUCGGAUCUUCAGGCUGAAGCCGAUGAGACCCAGGAUCAUGCCGAGCAAGUGCAUCCGUCUGGAGAACCAGAAACUGUUAUUCCCGAACUGUUUGCAGAGGCAGCUAAGGAUGAGGAGGAUGCCCCGGAAUCUAAUGAAGUGAGAACAGAACCACCAAUUGCUCUAGAGGAGGAACAUCCCAUUCCCAGUGAAGAGGAGCACACGCCCGUGGACGAGGAGCACCAGGAACAAGAAGAGGAGCACCAGCAGAAUGAAGAGGAACAGCAGCAGGAUGAUGCGGAAGCCCCAAAGGAAGAGGAACCCCUUAAGGAAGUAGAAACCGAAGCCCUGCCUGCAGAAGCCACCACCGAGAAGUUCCAGGAGCCCGAGCCCGAGGAGGAGCACACCUUGUCGCCCGAGGAACUGCCCUUCGAUCUAACCGAUCACUCCGUGCCGAACCGCUUCAAUGAGCUGGAAUCCGAGAGUCUCAUCCUGGAAGCCACCACCAGCAUCGAUGGUCUGCAGGAGCUGGACAACAACCAUAUUGAGGAAGAGGAGCCCGCCGCUCAUGCCAUCCCACAUGAGGAGGCCACACCCAAUCCUGCUGACAUUGUCGAAAUCACCACCCAGACCAUGUUGGGCCUGGCCAGUCGGGUGACCCUAAUGGAGCCCGCCGCUCCCGUGGUGACCACGCUGAUGCCCCUGAUGACCGCCGAUGAACCCACUCCGGAACCCGUUGCUCCGGCCGCCAUUCCUCCAGCAUCUCUGCCUCUCAUCAAGCCCGGCACGGAGUUGCGCAAGCGCGUGGACUUGGGUCUGGAAGCCGUUUCCCUGGGAUUGGCCUGCAGCAGCGAUCGUCAGUGCCAGUUGGCUGAUCCCCAUACCGUGUGCAAUGGACGCGGAGUCUGCGAUUGCGCUGCCGGAGAUGAGGGAACGCAGUGCAGCGCCGAGAGAACCGGAUGCAGUCCGGGCACAUUCCAGUGCCGCUCGAGUGGCGUGUGCAUCUCGUGGUUCUUUGUGUGCGACGGCCGCGCCGACUGCAAUGACGCCUCCGACGAGGAGUGCACCCACAAUGCCCGCCUCAACCAGACCUGCCCCACGGAAUCGUUCCGCUGCCAGCGCAGCGGUCGCUGCAUCUCGCGUGCUGCACUGUGCGAUGGACGACGGCAGUGUCCACAUGGCGAGGACGAGCUGGGCUGCGAUGGCAGCCUGAAGGGCGGCAACGCAUGUCCACCGCACACCUUCCGCUGCGGCAGCGGCGAGUGCCUGCCGGAGUACGAGUACUGCAAUGCGAUCGUGUCCUGCAAGGACGGCAGCGACGAGCCGCCGCAUCUCUGUGGCUCCCGCGCCCUACCCAAUCUCUUCAUGCGCCUCAUCGAGGCGGGCGGUCUGCUCGGCGGUGGGCGGCGGGAGGCGGACGCCUACUGCCCGCACCGCUGCAGCAACGGACUGUGCCGCUCCACCGCCAUCGUCUGCUCUGGACGGGAUGGCUGCGGCGAUGGCACCGACGAGCAAACCUGCGCCGUGUGCCGUUGUCCCGCCCCGACUGCUGCCAGUCUGCCCGCAUUCUUGGCCCGGCAACGCCCCAUGCCGCUGUGGUAGGAAACUGCACCACCUGCACCACCCAAAACUUUUGCACUCCAACCACUUGCGUUCAGCAUUUAUCAACAACUGAUUGAGUCGCUGUCUUCCGAACCCUUCAACUCUAUCGCUUUACCCAAUCAUAUUCGAAACGAUUUUUGAGUAGCAUUUAAGUGGAUAUUUAAAAAUUAUUUAUUUAUUUAUUAUGACCUUAGCUGCGCCCUUGCCACGCCCAAUUGCCACCUUGCUAUCAAAGGGGGUCAUCCCGAUGCCCUUUGAGCCAGUGAUGUUUGUCAAUUGAGCCACUGGGCACAACCCUAAUCCACAUCUAACACCACACGCCACAAAAGACACACUACCACCACCACCAACUACACCACCACCCACACUUCGCCCCCAUUUCGACUAUUUAUUCUACUCAUCUAAACCAUCGAAACUAUUUAUUUAUACCCACAAACAGACA